AUGGCCACAAUUGAAGGUUCUAAAGUUCAGGAAUCUACAGGGAACCCAGAAGAUUCCAUAAGCGAGAGUUCAGGUAUUAGAUAUGCUGCGUAUACUAAUCGACUUAGAACUAUUCUAGUGGCGUCACAUCGUUAUGUUGCCUACACUUCCGACAUUGGGGAGUCAUUUCGUCCCAUAGCUCACCCAUUCUUGGUCACUGUAGGGUAUGGUAUCUCUUGGCUUUAUAUUUUAGGGGAUGUACUGUACACCUCUUGGAAGGUAAAGAUGAGGUCAGAAGGUAGAUAUACUCCAGGAUUAAAGCCGUGGAAUUAUCCGUAUCCUGAGAAGAAUUUUCUAGCAAAGGAGGCGUUUGAUGCUACUAAUACUAAGGCUGUAGACUCGGAUUGGAGAUUGGUUGGUUUAAAAAGAGGUGUUUUCCAAAGUAUAGCCUCGAUGGGAUUGCCUGCGUUCACGAUUCACAGUUCUGUAAGAUAUUCGUCGUAUUUUUUUAAGAAUGCUAAAUCUAGGGCCUUGAAAUCGUAUGGCCCCGUUGGAGUUGGGUUGUGUAUAGUUCCAUUAUUACCUUUGGUUUUUGAUGAACCAGUAGAACAUGCCAUCGAUUGGUUGUUCGACAAAGGAGAGGAAGUUUAUAAGAAGAAGUAA